UUCUAUCACUCGCUCAGCGCAUCUCUUCUCGUUUCAUCGAUCUCGCUUCUCUUUCGCCGCGGUUCAUUCUCUCAGAUCUCAAUGGGAAAGAUCAAGAUCGGCAUCAAUGGAUUUGGAAGGAUCGGGCGAUUGGUGGCGAGGGUGGCGCUCCAGAGCGAGGAUGUGGACCUUGUGGCCGUCAAUGAUCCCUUCAUCACCACUGAUUACAUGACCUACAUGUUUAAAUACGAUAGUGUGCAUGGCCAAUGGAAGCAUCAUGAGAUCAAAAUGAAGGAUUCAAAGACCCUUGUCUUUGGUGAGAAGGAGGUCACUGUGUUUGGUGUUAGGAACCCUGAGGAGAUUCCUUGGGGCGAAGCUGGUGCGGAUUAUGUUGUGGAGUCCACUGGUGUUUUCACAGACAAGGACAAGGCUGCAGCACAUCUGAAGGGUGGUGCGAAGAAGGUUAUUAUCUCUGCUCCUAGCAAGGAUGCUCCUAUGUUUGUGAUUGGUGUGAAUGAGCACGAGUACAAGGCAGACAUCAAUAUUGUUUCUAAUGCUAGCUGUACCACUAACUGCCUUGCGCCCCUUGCAAAGGUCAUUCAUGAUAGAUUUGGCAUUGUUGAGGGUUUGAUGACCACAGUGCACUCAAUUACUGCCACACAAAAAACUGUUGAUGGGCCAUCUGCCAAGGACUGGAGAGGUGGGAGAGCUGCUAGUUUUAACAUCAUCCCUAGCAGCACUGGUGCUGCAAAAGCUGUUGGUAAGGUGCUCCCUGCCUUGAAUGGAAAAUUAACAGGAAUGGCAUUCCGAGUUCCAACUGUAGAUGUAUCAGUAGUGGAUCUCACAGCAAGGCUUGAGAAGCCAGCUACAUAUGAUGAAGUCAAGGCUGCAAUUAAGGAAGAAUCUGAGGGGAAGAUGAAAGGUAUAUUGGGUUAUGUUGAUGAGGACUUGGUUUCUACUGAUUUCGUCGGUGAUAGCAGGUCAAGCAUCUUUGAUGCUAAGGCUGGAAUUGCCUUGAAUGAAAACUUCAUCAAAUUUGUCUCAUGGUAUGACAAUGAAUGGGGUUACAGCAACCGUGUGGUUGAUCUGGUUCGUCACAUGGACAAGACCAAAUAAAUUGGUUUUUAUUUCACAAUUGUAGCUGUUUUAGUCUGCUAUUUAUGAGGAAUAAGUAACAAUGUUCAGCAUUAGAUAAUUCUUUAUCUGUUUUGCUGAAUAUAAACCUUAAUUCUUUUUCCAUCUUAAUAAAUAAUGAUGCUUCUUCUUGUU